CGGGAGAAACUGGGUUCCCUUUCUGCAGAUGGAACUUCCCCCGUCGGGGUUCAGAACGUGAAGCUGUCUCCUCCCCCUCUCCAGCCCUACUGCUCUGCAGGAGACCCCUCACCCGCCCGCCUGCCUACCCAGGCUCUCCCCCUCUCCCCUCUCCUCUGCAGGACGCAGCAGGGACAAAGGGGUUGAAGAUGCUGUGGCUAUUCCAGUCGUCGCUGCUGCUGCUUCUGCUGCUGUUGGGCCUGGCUGGAGUACCCCCAGUGGGAAGUAGCUGCAAUGGGCAACCUGCCCUGCCUGGCACCCCAGGCAUCCCCGGAAGGCCUGGCCCUAAUGGGCAAGACGGCGUCAACGGGCCGAAGGGAGAGAAAGGCCUUUCCGGAGAGUUGAGCUUCCGGGGAGACAUGGGGGAGAAGGGGGCCCCCGGGAACCCCGGCUAUCCGGGAAAGGUCGGCCCUAAGGGCCCCAUGGGGUCCAAAGGCAGCUUGGGCCCCCCCGGCCCUCCUGGGCCCAAGGGAGAGUCUGGCGACUACAAGACCACCCUGAGGUCAGCCUUCUCGGCGGCCCGGAGCAUCAGCACGCCUUUGCGGCAAGACCAGUCCAUCCGCUUCGACCGGGUCAUCACCAACGAGAACGGGCACUACGAACCCCGCAAUGGCAAGUUCACCUGCAGGGUGUCUGGCGUCUACUACUUCACCUACCACGCCACCUCGCGGGGCCUGCUCUGCGUCAACCUGCGCAGGGGCCGUGGCAAGGGCGAGAAGGUGGUCACUUUCUGCGACUUCGUGUACAACACCUACCAGGUCACCACGGGUGGCGUGGUACUCAAGCUGGAAGAGGGCGAGUCGGUGUGGCUGGAAGCCACAGACAAAAACUCUCUCGUGGGGCUCGAAGGGGCCGACAGCAUCUUCUCCGGCUUUCUGCUCUUCCCCGAUAUUUAGGCCUGGAUCCGCUCCGGCCAGGAGGGGCCGCUUCCCCGGGUAGUCCCCGCCCGGUCCGAGCCCGGCCUGUCCAGCUGAACGGAAGUGGCCUUUCCGGGGUGUGAUGGGGGGAGGCUGGCCCUGUAUGCCCUGAAGAUGCCCUCCAGGAACCUGGCAUGUGCCUGCUGUUCCCUACAAAGUCAGUCUGGACCUGCUAUGGUUCUGUAGAACUAGACAAGAUCCCCUCCACCAACAGUGCCUGCGCCUGGCCCAGGGUUUGGGACCUGCAGAGCGAGCCCCAGGCCUAGCUUUUUCCUGGCUAGGUCCCAUAGCCCCCAGCUGUGCUGCAGAGACCCCUAGGCAGAGGCCCUGCCCAGCCCUGGGCUCAAACCAGCCUCUCUUCUCUGGCCAGGGUUCCCUCCUAGGCAAUCCAACCCUCUUCUGAUUUGCUUUGCUUUAUCAGUCCCCUACCGGAGAAGAGAGCAGAAGGGAAUAUGAAGGGAGCUGGAAAAGGAGACGGAGAGGGAGCAGGCAGGAGGGUGAUUUUGUUAUUUUCUCGUGCUCCAGGGCAACAUGGAGGGAACUUCGUCUCCCAGGGAUGAUUCCCCAGCGCAGGGGUCCAGAACCAGCAAGCGUCUCCACCCCCUACCAUCCCCAUUCCCUCUACCUUUGCCCUGCUCUUCUCUGUUCCGACAGAGGCCUGGCCCUCUGCCUCGAGACCCUCCUUCACCCAGACUCCCAUUCAGAAUAUGUCUCUCCAGUAACAUCCUCUCCCCCAGGGGAUGGGGGUGUGCGGUGGUGUCCCCGAGCUGGGCCAGGGCGUUUUCGGUGUUCUGCACAGGCCCAGCACCUUGUUGGCUUCAGUAAAUAAAUCCUCAUGGAAAUCAAAGCUUCUCCCACUCAUCAAGCUCCUCUCUGUCCCCAGUGGUGUGGACUGGCUCUGGUCUUUCCUUCAUUCCUCUCCAAAGUGUCCGGUGCCAGGCUCCGCCCUCACCCAGGUGCCCAAGUUAACUGGCGAGACCUUGGUCAGCGCCUGCCAACGGCCUGGCUUUCUGGGCUGAAUAGACAAGAAGCAUAGCUGGCAGAUGAGGCCAGAAAUCCAUGGCCUCUGUUCAGCAUGGAAGCUUCCAGGCCUCCCUUGUCUUCUGCCACCAUGACUUCUGAAAAUCUGCUUGUCUCCCUGCCCUUCCUAUGUCACUUGGAUGGAUAAUGGCACUGCAAAGGACAAUCCCCUUUGAUCCCUGGAAAAUUAGAGCAACCGGGACUUUCCCCCGA